AUUUUAACCCUGGAUUAGAGAUGACAUUUUGACACUAAAAUGGACACUCCCCCAAUCCCUGUUUGUAUAUCCUCAGCUCCGCCGGUCAGCGUGUUUGGCUCUGACCAAGAUGUGCGCCAACUCGGAGCUGCACUACAACAUGCUGGAGAAGGCGUGUGAGGACGGAGACACCGUCAUGGCAGAGUGCCUCAUCGAGCUCGGGGCCGACGUCAACAAGAAGACCAAAACGGAGUCGCUCAUCUACCAGGUGUGCGAGAAGGGAGGCCCGCUAGAACUGGUGCUGCUGUUGAGCCAAGGUGCCCACGAACAGCACCUGCGCCGGGCCCUUGCCAUCAGCGUGAAGCGCGGCGACGGGCCGAUGGUCAUCCAGCUGCUGGGCCGUCUGGGCCUGGACCUCAACAACAACGCCUUGUGUCUCGGUGGUUUUCGCCUCGGCCGACUGGACGCCGCCUGGCUCUGCCCCCUGUUGUCCCAGAGAGGCAGGGUGCACAGUCUGCGCUACAGCAGCAGUAAAGGAGCCGGCUUGGCACGCUACAUUCACUCCUUGCAGCGCUCCAGGACCCCGGGAGCUCCUCUGAAGUCUCUGGGUGACCCCUGUCCGACGUCCGGAUACAUCUCUGACGAGAGCGAUGACUCCAGCUUCAGUUUCCUCUCCGUGGACGAAGGCCUCUUCCUCGACGACAUGGAGAGUGACGGGAGCGAUUCAUUGACGGGGGUCUCCCUGAAGCCGCACAACAACUCCACAGAGGAGCUGAGGUGGGGCUCCUUCAAUAGGAACCAUGGACGCCGCCGACACGCCAGUGCGGAGGUACUUGAAAUAUAACAUAUACAUAUCAAUGGGUAGGCAUGGAAGAGGUUUUGCCCAUCUUGACUGUGAAUUUCCGGUUUAUAAACCUUUGUAGUGACUAACACAUCCCUGUAGAUGGCAGUGUUGCUUCACUUUGGAUUUGAGAUCAACACAGCUUUUGAAGAGAAGAUCAAGAUUAGGUUAUACUU